AUGUCUGUCUCUACCAAGAUACCUCGAUUUGGUGAUUCUUUGUCCUCGUACCUGCGUGGCGCUCUGAGGACCAGCUUUCGUCUCCCUUUUUUCCUGUCGGCGCUCUGCAGCGGCCUGGCCUCCAGGAAGGACCGGGCUGGUGGGCGGGGCCGGGGCCGCUCGGGACAUGCAGAUGAGCGCGCCCCGAGCCCCCCUCCGCGACGGCGCAGCGCACCCCCGGAGCUGGGCAUCAAGUGCGUGCUGGUGGGCGACGGCGCAGUGGGUAAGAGCAGCCUCAUCGUCAGCUACACCUGCAACGGGUAUCCUGCGCGCUACCGGCCCACGGCACUCGACACCUUCUCGGUGCAAGUCCUGGUGGAUGGCGCCCCGGUGCGCAUUGAGCUCUGGGACACGGCGGGACAGGAGGACUUUGACCGACUUCGCUCCCUCUGCUACCCGGACACAGAUGUGUUCCUGGCGUGCUUCAGCGUGGUACAGCCCAGCUCCUUCCAGAACAUCACCGAGAAGUGGCUGCCAGAGAUCCGCACUCACAACCCCCAGGCACCCGUGCUGCUUGUGGGCACCCAGGCUGACCUGAGGGAUGACGUCAAUGUACUGAUUCAGCUGGACCAGGGCGGCCGGGAGGGUCCAGUGCCCCAGCCACAAGCCCAGGGUCUGGCAGAGAAGAUCCGGGCCUGCUGCUACCUGGAAUGCUCGGCCUUGACGCAGAAGAACUUGAAAGAGGUGUUUGACUCUGCUAUUCUCAGUGCCAUCGAGCACAAAGCCCGGCUGGAGAAGAAACUGAAUGCCAAAGGUGUGCGCACCCUCUCCCGCUGUCGCUGGAAGAAGUUCUUCUGCUUUGUCUGAGCAGCUGGGGCAGCAGGGCAAGCGAGUGGUGGACAGGAGGCCAAAGACUCCUGGAACCUGGGGCAUGGGGCCUUUGAGGGGGCCGCUGGCAGGGCCUGGUCACCUCAUGGGACUCAGUUCCCUACUGGACACUGGGGACAAGGACUUCUGACCACCGGCUUUGACAAGCCAGGAUGACCCUGGGGCCUACGAGAAGGGAGGCUCUGGUUUAGAUUUCUUUGGCUCGCUGAGAAAACCCACCCAGCACUUUUGAUUUUCACGGGAUGGUCUUAAUUAAGUGUCAGCCAUCUCUGAGCAGUUUGGGAUCCAGUUCCCAUUUUCCUGUCAGCCUGGCUGAAUUAGGACCCCUGCUGGUUAUCUACACACACACACACACACACACACACGCACGCACGCACGCACGCACGCACAGGUGAGCCUGGGAAACAGAGGGUCAUCUUGGGGGCUGGAAGGUGAUCAGCCUUGAUUUGGAGAGAAGUUUGGGAUGGAGUAAGACAAGGCCAGCAAGAGAGAGGAGCAGACAUCGAGGCUGGGAGCUGUGGGACUGGAAGCAGCUCAGAGGCUGGACCUAGAAGGAAGAAAAGGAGAGCGGGACAGGCGGGGCAGUUGUGGAGCAGGCUGACACCUGGGCUGCCCUCAACUCCCAUGGCCAGGGAGGGCUGGAUGGGGCCCUGGGAGGAACUGGAUCUCAGUACUCCCUAGCCACUGCCCAAACUGGCUAGGCCAGCAAUGGGGCAGGAAGUGAGAGUCAACCCCAGCAAAGGGAGGGGGAGAAGCUGCAAAUUAGAGCCUGGAGCAGGAAGGGGUGGGGGUCAUCCCUUUCCCCAAGGUCAAGGUUGCACGAACCCUAGAAGGUAAUGCAGCACAGUCUGCAAAUAAAACCUUCCAUUUCUAAAGCUGCUGUUUCUGUCAUUUCCUGGCACAGUCAGUCAGCCUGCUUUCCCCCAUACCCUCCUCAGGCUCAACAGCCUGGAUGGACAAUUGGAUAGCAGAGGACUCUGGCUAGGUUUCAGGGUGGCAACUGGACCAGAUAGGACAGUGUGAUGAGAACUGGAUGGUGGAGGGGCAGGUGUGGGGCUCCCUGCACGGGGCUUGGCUUAGCUGGUUCCCAGGACAGCUAGCGUGGGAAGCAACCUAGAAACGGGUUUCCCCAGGUGUCAGCGCCAGAGCUGCUUUCCCAUGACCUCACCAGGUGGGUGGGGCCCCUCCUCCCUCCCUCCUUUCCAGAGUAAGGUGCUGAGCUCUGGGGCAAUCUCAAGGCCUCUAAGGUUUCUGCUGUGAUUCCUUUGACAGUUCACAGCACCCAGGGUUUCAGGUGGGGGGACACUCCCGCCCACACACACCCAGCAAGCCCCAUGCAGCCUUAAAUCACCACCAGCCUUGGAUUGGCUGGACCAGUCCUCAACCUUUGCACAUAAGUACUUAGUGAAGGUCAGGAGCUGGUUGAGAACAGUAAAGAGUUUUGAUCGCAGCAGUUCUGGAUGUGAGGGGUUCAUUAGGACAGAACUUGGUGAGGAACAGGGAUCAGACAACAUACCCUACAAUUGGAGUUGGGAGGAACUUUAAAGAACAUGUUGAAAAAAGAAAAACCUAUUUCCAUUUUAGGGAAGCUGUGGCCC